AUAUUAAGUAGUUAAAUAUAUAUAUUUUUAUUAUUUACAAAAUGUGUUAAAAUUAAAAGGAAUCAUGUCAUCACCUUUUAAAAGACUAUGCCACUGGGGUCCAAUUGCAGUAUUGGGAAUAAUAAAGCUAAUAACAUGGGCAAUGAUACAUUUAAUGAGUAUGUGGUGGCCCCCACAUGUAUCAUUAGCUGCUGCACUACAUUCUAUCUUAUUUAUUACUUUAGCAGCUCUCACACUGUAUUACUUUCUACAGUCACUUCUUGAAGGUCCAGGCUUUGUGCCAAAGGGGUGGAAACCUGAAAAAGAAGAAGAUGUUGAUUACUUACAAUAUUGUACAGUAUGUGAAGGAUUUAAGGCUCCUAGAUCUCAUCAUUGUAAAAAAUGUGGAAGAUGUGUUAAGAAAAUGGACCAUCACUGCCCUUGGAUCAACUGCUGUGUAGGUCAUGCUAAUCAUGGCUAUUUCUCUACAUUCCUCAUGUUUGCUGUUUUAGGAUGUUUUCAUGCAUCUAUUGUCCUAGUAACAUGUUUGUAUCAUGCAAUCAACCGUGUGUGGUACCUAUACAAUGGGACUGGCCAAGAGCCGAUGAUCUACCUCACACUCACCACAUUACUUCUGACGUUGCUGGCUACCGGCAUGGCAGUGGGGGUAGUUCUUGCAGUUGGAGCUUUGCUUUACUUUCAGAUUCGUGGUAUCCUUAGCAAUCGCACUACUAUAGAAGAAUGGAUAGUAGAGAAGGCUGUAGGCAGGCGGGAGGAACAAGGUCUCCCUCCCUUCGUGUAUCCAUAUGACUUAGGAUGGAAGGCCAAUUGGUACCAGGUCUGGGCCGGAAGUCAUUACGACGGACUCAGGUGGCCCGUACUGGACGGUUGCGGGCAAUACGAUCUCACUAUGGAACAAAAAGCCCAGAAGAUAGAGAAGCAGCAACGAUCUCGUUUAUUUGCGGCCGUUUCGGAGUACUCCGGCCGCUGGGUUCCUCUAUUGUCUCGGCCUCGUGCGGCUCUCUCCGCCCCUUGCACCGACGAGCCGCGGCUGGCCCUUCGCGUCGGGGACGUCGUUCGGGCCACUCGCCAAAGAAGACAAUGGCUGUUCGGUGAAAAGCAAGUGCGGACGGGAGAGGCCCGGGCUCCUCGCGGCUGGUUCCCGCGGGAGGCCGUCGUGCCCGCUGAUGAGCUGAAGGUCAAACCCGAUUAGCGGAAUCACACGUUACCAUAGGUUAAUAAUAAUUUCAAUUGCGACUCUAUUGCUUUGUGAUAAGAUGCAUUUUACAAUACAAGUUGGUAUCAGUCAUUCAAGGUUAAAUCCCAGGCUAGUACAUGAUUGGUGUGAUUUUUUUCUAGUUUUUAUAUCAUAAAUUUUUUUUAUGAUAUUUAAAAUCCUCAUUUACACAGGAUUAAUAAAUAAUAAAUAAAUAAGGGUAGUUAUUUGGGCACGCAAGCGAAGAAGUAGUAAAAGCCGCGAUGAUUCUAGUAUAACAUCUUUUUUAUGUAGAUAUUCCGUUUUCAGAGAAUUAUCAUAUUUAUAAAUAUCUCGAUUUUA